AUGGCUUCAUCAAAUAUUCCAUCUCUUGAAGAACUCAGUGCAAUAGGUGCUAGAGCUUUACUUUUCCAAUUCAUUCUCAAUCCAUCAGAAAAUCAACGUGAAGUUACGGUAUUAGUCAAUUCAAGAAUUGGAUCAGUAACAUUUAUUGAAGGUUCUUUUAAUCUAGACAAUUUUCUGUCAAAAGAUGAUCCAUUACCUGCAUCAAAAGAAUCUAUAGAUUCUAUGCCAGCAGUGAAAAUUGUAGAAGAAGGAGUUGAGUGUGCUAUUUGUUUGUUAGAAUUUGAAGUUGGUGGAGAAGCUAAGGAGAUGCCAUGUAAACAUAAGUAUCAUGUGGAUUGUGUUGAGAAGUGGUUAAAGAUUAAUGGGUCGUGUCCAAUUUGUAGGUAUAAAAUGCCUGUGGAUGAAGAGAUUAAGGUUAAAGAUGGCGGAGAUGACAGUAGUAGGGAGAGAAGGGAUGCACCUAUAGUGUUUCAUAUUCAGACUGAUUCGAAUUCGAGAGCCCAAAAUAUGGACAUAUCAAACUCAGAUGGACAAAGGGAGUCCGAGGAGAUAUCGACUGAUACUAAUGUGUAUUCAGAUUUAAACUCUAAUUCGAACACAAGAGUCCAAAAUAUGGACAUGUCAACAGCUGCUAGAGAUGGUGAUGAAUCAUCAGGUCAAGAUAUGGACAUGAUCAGGGAUUAG